UAUCGAACCUCGGAAAAAACAUCGAUGUUCCGUCCAGCACUAAAAGAUGGAGUAAACAAAAUGGACAAUUUAAUAACAAUACCCGAUUCGGACGAGGAAACAAAUAUAUCACUAGAAUUCCAAGUAUCAACAAAAAGCGGAGCUACGGACUACCCACAGGAUAAACAGACAGAAAGAAAAUCUAUAAACAGGAGAUCGUCAAUUUCACUGUCAACUAAUUUAUGCAGCUCUCCGACUCCCUAUCCUACUUCGCCCCCGAAAACGCCUGAAACCCUUUUUGCUAAACACUGCCGUCGGUCACGUAAAUCUAAACUUGAAACUCUUCGCAUAAGUCCCACAGACAUCCAAUUUGAAACUAUAAUUGCGUUGGACGACGAUGAUUCAAAGGAAUUGCACGGAAGAAUCAAUCAAGCGGGGCCAUAUAUACCGUUAGUAGAAAUUGUGGAAGUGGGCAUCAGGAAAAUGUUAAAUACUGAAGAUAUGCAGUUAUCCAUUAGUAGCAUUGCGGAGGAACGCGUGCGCUGCAACUUUCUACUCGCUACUUAUCAUCUUCCGGAUAUGAAUUUUGUGUUAAAUACUCAUAUAGAUAUUUUGAAAUACGAAUUUCGGGAUCGCUUAAGACAACGCAGGGAACGUUUUGCUGCAUCAACUUGCGAAGUAACAAAGCCAAUCAACUAGCAGUCAACAUAAGAAUACCCAAAUGCAUGGUUGCUAAAUAAACCAAAUUUAUUUUAAACGAGAGGAGAAUAUAGUAAUUAUAAAAAAACAAGAUAGAACGCUACAGUCGAGCAAGCCCCAUAGUAAAAUAGCCUGUACUCUCCACAAAAA